AUGGAGAACACCGAACCUGAUUCUGGCGAAAGAGAGGACGCACGUACAAUUCCUCAAGAUAAAAGCAAUGGUAAAGCAAAUUUAAUCGAAGCUUUGUUAUUUGCUAACAAACCUGAUUAUGGCGAAGGAGAGGGCGCACGUACAAUUCCUCAAGAUAAAAGCAAGGGUAAAGCAAAAUUAAUCGAAGUGCCUGUUAAUGAUUCCGAUGAUGAUUCGCAUGAAGAUUUGUUUUUUCCUGAAUGCGAUGAUUCUCUGAAACCCCGGGUUGGUCUAGUAUUUCCUACUUUGGAAGUUGCAGAGGAAUUUUAUGAUAAUUAUGCUAGGGAUUGUGGAUUUGAAACUAGAAAAGGCGCAAUCAGACGAACGAAGGAUGGAACGAUUCGCAAGAGGUGGAUGUAUUGCAAUCGUGAAGGUGGAUAUUAUAAGAUUGUCACAUUCAAUGAAGGUCACACUCAUACUAUGAUCCCUGAAAUUAGUCGUCAAUUCAUGAUGACCAAUAGGAAAGUUGGUGAUGUUCAGCAAAUGAUUAUCCAAUCUGCCGUAAAAGCAAAUAUUGGUCCAAUGAAAAGUUUUCGAUUUUACAAGGAGCUUGUUGGAAAGUAUGACGAUGUUGGAUGCACUAGCAGAGACUUCAGGAAUUAUACUCGCGAUUUGAAGGGUUAUACUAAGGGCUCUGAUGCAGAUAUGUUGAUUCAAGAAUUUAAGAAGAAACAACAAUAUUGUGAUUCAUUUAAGUUCUAUUACGAGCUUCAUGAAGGGAUGAAUAGGAUACGUUGUUUGUUUUGGGCCGAUGAUGUAUCCAUCAGAAACUACAACUUGUUUGGUGAAGCCGUUUCGUUUGAUGCUACAUACAACACGAACAGGUACAAAAUGAUAUUCGCGCCAUUCACUGGAAAAGACAAUCACGGCAGAUGUGUCUCGUUUGGAGCUGCUCUCAUGUUUCGCGAAGAUGAAAAUGCUUAUGCUUGGGUUUUGGAAAGAUUUAAGGAGUGCAUGGGUUCUGCUCCUACAAUGUUGAUCACUGAUCAAGAUCCGGCAUUGAGGAAGGCAGUUGCAUCUGUUUGGCCUGAUACAAAACACAGAUUUUGUAUGUGGCAUAUAACCAUGAAGGUUAAAGAAAAGUUGCCAAAUAGUUUGAUGGACAAUUCUGAUUUGAGGGCCAAACUCGACAAUAUAAUAUGGACCGACAAUGAUGAGCCGACUGUUUUCGAGGAGAAGUGGAGAGAUUUUAUUGAGGAAUACAACUUAUCCGAAAACAGAUGGUUUAAUGACAUGUAUGAGGAUCGUGCAUUAUGGAUUCCUGCGUAUUUCAGAGAUAUACGUAUGAGUGGGUUAUUUCGCACUACGUCUUUAUCGGAGAGCGAAAAUAGUUUUUUUCGGCAGUACUUGAACAAGAAUUCAGAUCUCUUGAUGUUAUAUAUGAAUUUCAACAGCGCAAUGGACUAUCAACGUCAUACAUACCAUAAGGUUACAUAUGAUGAUGAGACUUGUGCGCCAGUUUUGAAAACUAAUGUUGCUUUGGAGACUCAUGCAUCUACUCUUUACACAAGCGCUGUAUUCAAGGAGGUACAGGAUGAGAUUGAAGCAUCUAAGGACACUUGCAUGAUGUUUGGUGUCUCAUAUAAUGGUGAAGAUUGCAUAUAUUCCGUUGAUGAUUUACAUGAUGGAAAAUUCAAAGUUGUUUAUGAGGCUGGUGAAGACUAUUUAUCGUGUUCCUGUAAGCUGUUCAUCUCUUAUGCCGUCACAUCUUCGUGGUAUUACGCUACCGUAAAGCCUCAAAAAUACCAGAGAAAUACAUUCUUCCUCGCUGAGACUCUUGGUUAUGUAAAUGGUAAUGAAGAGUUGACGAAUCGUUUGUUUCUGAAACUAACUGAAGUACGUGACGAGUUCAAGGAGCUUUGCAGGCCUGACCAAGGUUCGUCAUCGCAGCUGAAUAAUUUUGAACAAUUUUAUGGUUCAUCUAUUCCUGAGGUACCUUCUGUUCUACCACCAUUGGCAUCGAAAACUAAAGGUAGCGGAGCAGGUGGGCGUAGGAAAUCACAUGCAGAGAAGGCCAUGUUAUUAGCUCAGAAACCCUUGCGCCUUUGCAGGAAAUGCAACCGUAAGUGUCACCAUGAUUCGAGGAAUUGUCCUGGCAAAGAUGGAGAUGUGGAUGUAUAA